UGACCGCCACCACGCACUGCACCGCAGCACCGCCACCUGCUGCACCGCUGCAUCGCACCGUGCAUCCAGGCUUCAGCUCCAGGACCCAAGGAACCCAGAAUGGCAACCGACAGCAGCUUCUUGCCAUUCAAACCAGCAUCAGGAGACUGGGAAGGGUACGCCGCCCGUUUCAACUUCCUCCUGCAAGCGAAAGAAGUCACCAACGAUGCCAUGAAGAGGGCGACAUUCUUCAGCGUCUGUGGAGAGGAGACGUUUGAAAUCGCCCGGGCUCUCCUUGCACCUAGAGAUGUCGCUACCGUCUCUUACAAAACAAUAAUGGAACGGCUGAAGGAGCACUUUUCACCACAGCCCUCGGUGGUAGCUUGCCGAAAUGCCUUCUACGCAAAGCGGCAAGCCCCGGGGGAAACCAUAACUGGGUUUGUGACCUCCCUCCGCCAAGCCGCCCGGUUAUGCAACUUCUCAGAGUUGGAGAACAUGCUUCGUGACCGCCUCGUCGGUGGCCUGAGGGACGAGAUGUUGCAACGACGCCUCUACGCCAAAAAAGACCUCACGUUCCAGAUUGCUCUGGAGGAAGCCCUGGCAACCGAAGCCGCCGAGAGGUCAACGCAAGAGGCACGACCGGCCCCGCCAUCCCAACCGAGGGUCUACCACGAAGACCUCACCGACGAAUCCGAAUCUGACAGGGAGGAAGUACACCGAGUACAGCGGCGCACUCAAGCAGCACACACACCACAGCAGCCUCGACGAGAAGGAGGGAACUGUGCAAGC